UUUGCAAACAAGAGAGGUCCUGACCACGUUCAGUCUUUUUAUUCCUCCUCAUCCUCUUCCAACUAUUUACUGUUGUUUAUUAAUCCAACCACUAUUGAUUGUUCAACUAUUCUAUCACUAGCACCAAUAACAACACUUGUGUACAUACAUUUAAAAAGAUGAGUUACGCCUCCCCAACAAAUAACUUUGACUUUGAAUCCCUCUUCUUAGAAGAAGAACAGGAAGUACCACUCAACUUUUAUCAAAGUCCAACUGAAAGUUUAUUAUCAACUAGUAGCAGUGGUACCGAUCAUACCAAUUCUUCUAAUGAACAACAACAACAAAUUACCUAUGAUGUUAUCAGUGAUGGUUAUGUUUUUGGUAACGACUUUGAUAUGAAUGCUCAAAAGCAAAAGGGUUUAAAACAAGAAGAUUUGGCUGCUGCUAAUCCAUUCUAUAAUCAAACUAAUACUCCAAAUGCUAAUAAUCAAUUCUCCUCACUUAAUCCACUGAAUAACUUUAUGUAUAAUCAAAACCAAAAACCAGGUUUUAUGGGAUAUCAAAAUCCACAAUUGAUGGGACAACUUGGAAUGUACUUCCCACACACCUUCCCUAAUGUAUUCCCACAAUUCGGUAAUCAACCAUUCCCAUUCCCAAACAAUAAUCUUAUCUAUACAUCACCAAAUACAUCACCAAUUGGUCUUGCAACAAGUCCAAACUCGAAUAAUAGUAAUGGUGUUACACCUUCAUCGAAUACAUCAAAUAGUACAACUGCUACUACUACUUCAGCAGCCACUACACAACCAGCUGAAUCUAAAACAAAGGCCUCCAGAAGAAAAUCAGCAAAGAAGAAUACUAAAUCAACAACAACCACAGCAACUACUACAACAACUACUUCUUCAACAACAUCCAAGAAUGAAGAAACAACUACAACAACUAGUCCUUCUACAACCACUUCAGAUGAACAAAAAUCGACAAAGGCCUCUACACCAGAACCAACAGACUCUGAUAACUCUAAUCAAUCCUCUGAAAAGGAAGAAAUUGACUCUUCUUCAUCUUCAUCUGAAAAGAAAUCUGAAGAAAAGAAGAGAAAGAGAAAAUCCAAGAAGGAUGGUAAAGAUGGUAAAGCUUUGACUCCUGAAGAAGAAAAGGAAUUAAAGAGACAACGUCGUCUCAUCAAGAAUCGUGAGUCUGCUCAAGCUUCUAGAGAACGUAAAAAGAUUUAUAUUCAAGGUCUGGAAAAGAAGGUUGAUGGUCUUGCCCAAGAAUUCAAUGAAUUACAAGGACACGUUGUAUCUUUGGAAGAAGAAAAUGAAAUUCUCAGACAACGUUUAAAGAUGCUAGGUGAACAUGUUGAAGAACCAAGCAAUAAGAAGAGAAAGAUGGCUCCAAUGACAUCUUCUGGACAAAUGAAGGUACCAAUUCCAAUGGAUUCCAGAUCAUUUGCCAAUCCAUUCAUGUUAGAUUUUUGGAGUCUCUUUGGUAUGCAACAACAAUUGCAACAAACACAACAAGCUGCUCCUGACAUGGCUCAACUCAAUCCAAGAGCUGCCUCAUCAUCUAGAAGAGUUGUCAUGUUUAUUAUGUUGUUCUGUGUUGCUAUGUUUUUGGUUUUACCACAUUCUUCUGAUAUCAAGUUUGAUAGUCAAACUACUACUACUACAACAACUGAACAAACUGAAUCUGUUACUAGUAGAUUGAGUCCAGCUUCCAGAAAGCUUGCAUCAACAGAUCAAAAGGAUACAAUGGUAGAUGUUUCUAUAGAUGCGUCCCAAAAACCGUUUGUUGAUGAGGACUUUAAGAAGAAUGUUGCUGAAAUUUAUCAAACAUUCCAACAAGUCAGAUCUGAAGCUUCUGAAAAUUCUGAAGAAUCUGAAAAGCCAACUAUUGAUGAUUUGGCUUCCCGUAUCAAUGUUGUUUUUGAUACUGACAAGAUUUCUCUCUCCUUCCCAAAGUCUAUUUUGGUUAAGAAGGAAGAAGAAUCUGAUGAAAUGGUAGAUGAAGAACAAUUCUCCAACUCAACCUACGAUGAAAAGAUGUCCUCACUUUCUACUAAACUUUUGAAGGAAAUUUGUCGUGUUGUCAACCAUUAAUUUUGUAAAUAAAUCUAGUUUUUUUAAUU